UUCAGAUCUACAGUUUGCAGAUGGGUGUAACCAACAUGCUGCUGAAGUACAACAGAGUAUCGCUGCUGUUUUUAGAUCAGAGCUCAGACUAGUUUCACUUCUCAGGAAGUGAGAGUCAGACAGUCGUUGUCACUGAGCGAGAGAUGAAAUGGCGCAGAAAGGAGUUCAGCUGGACCGGGAAACCUUCUCUUGUUCCAUCUGUCUGGAUCUUCUGAAGGAUCCGGUGACUACUCCCUGUGGACACAGCUACUGCAUGAACUGUAUUAAAGGUUUCUGGGAUGAAGAGGAUCGUAAGUACAUCUACAGCUGCCCUCAGUGCAGGCAGAGCUUCACACCGAGGCCUGUCCUGCUGAAAAGCACCAUGUUAGCAGAUUUAGUGGAGGAGCUGAAGAAGACUGGACUCCAAGCUGCUCCUGCUGAUCACUGCUAUGCUGGAGCUGGAGAUGUGGCCUGUGAUGUCUGCACCGGGAGAAAACUCAAAGCACACAAGUCCUGUCUGCAAUGUCUGGCUUCUUACUGUGAGAAACACCUCCAGCCUCAUUACGAUGUCGCUCCGUUAAAGAAACACAAGCUGGUGGAGCCGUCCAAGAAGCUCCAGGAGAACGUCUGCUCUCGUCACGAUGAGGUGAUGAAGAUGUUCUGCCGUACUGAUCGGCAGCUUAUCUGUUAUCUCUGCUCUGUGGAGGAACAUAAAGGCCACGACACAGUCUCAGCUGCAGCAGAGAGAGCUGAGAGGCAGAGAGAGCUCGAGGGGAGUCGACAAAACAUCCAGCGGAGAAUCCAGGACAGAGAGGAAGAUGUGAAGCUGCUUCAACAGCAGGCAGAGGCCAUCAGUCUCUCUGCUGAUAAAGCAGUGGAGGACAGCGAGAAGAUCUUCACCGAGCUGAUCCGUCUCCUGGAGAAAAGAAGCUCUGAUGUGAAGCAGCAGGUCAGAUCCCAGCAGAAAAGAGAAGAGAGUCGAGUCAGAGAGCUUCAGGAGAAGCUGGAGCAGGAGAUCACUGAGCUGAAGAGGAAAGACGCUGAGCUGGAGAAGCUCUCACACACAGAGGAUCACAACCAGUUUCUACACAACUACCCCUCACUGUCUCCUCUCAGCCAAUCAGCAUCCAGCAUCCAUAUCCGUCCUCUGAGCUGCUUUGAGGACGUGACAGCAGCCGUGUCAGAAGUCAGAGAUAAACUACAGGACGUCCUGAGAGAGAAGAGGACAACCGUCUCACUGACAGGGACUGAAGUGGAUGUUUUACUGCCACCACCAGAGCCCGAGACCAGAGCUGGAUUCUUAAAAUAUUCACGUGACAUCACACUGGAUCCAAACACAGCACACACAGAGCUGUUAUUAUCUGAGGGGAACAGGAGAGCAACAGUAAUGGGUCAACAAGAGUCUUAUUCUAGUCACCCAGACAGAUUCACUGACUGGCCUCAGGUCCUGAGUAGAGAGAGUCUGACUGGAUGUUGUUACUGGGAGGUGGAGAUGAGAGUAGCAGUUUAUGUAGCAGUCUCAUACAAGAAUAUCAGCAGAGAAGGGGGGUCGACUGAAUGUGGAUUUGGAUACAAUCACAAAUCUUGGGCGCUAGAGUGUAACAACAACAGUUAUAUAUUUAGGUACAACAAAGUCCAAACUCCCAUCUCAGGUCCUGUGUCCUCCAGAGUAGGAGUGUACCUGGAUCACAGUGCAGGUAUUCUGUCCUUCUACAGCGUCUCUGAAACCAUGACUCUCCUCCACAGAGUCCAGACCACAUUCACUCAGCCCCUCUAUGCUGGACUUUUUCUUUAUACUGGAGCCUCUGCUGAGUUGUGUAAACUGAAAUAGACAGAAGUCAUUUAAGGGUUAAAUUCUGUGUUUUAACUCUUCAACUUAUUCAGGGUUCAACAAUAAGGGUUUCCCGAUGGCCCGGGGCAAAUAAAACACCACAUGGGGCAAAUAAAUAUAACAACCCACCUGCCUGUUGAUCCUAUCAUAAAAGACGUCAUGGUUCUCUUGUCCCGUCGGUAAAUAACGCCUAUAAUCAUAAUCAAUAACUCAUUCUUCUCUUAUACAUAGCUGAGAUUCUGGUCUAACAAAGUGAUUGUGUGGAUGAAGUGAAUCUGUAUGAAAUCAUUGAACAAGAGUCUUUGAACAGACUUUACUGACGGGAUGUGUGAACAAACUGAAGCUUUACAUGAUGAAUAAACUAACAUGAACAAAG